AUGUAAAAUUCUUUAAUUAGAUUUUAGAAUAAACCUUCAAAGCAAUUUCCCUUAGAUAAUAAAGUUUGGAAAUUACAAUAUAAUGCGUCCAUCAAAGAUGAACCUCUUAUAACUGAAGAGUCAGAAUACAAUUUUUAAAAUGAGAUUAAAAGAGUCUUUAAGUAGAUUUUAUAUUUUUAUUUAAAAGUGAUACUAGAUGUUAACAAUACACCUGUAGCAUGAUAAUUAAUAACUAUACUGUUCAUUCUGUUUCAUAGGCAUCGGACCGUUAAAUCGAUUCAGACCUUGUAAUUUCAUAAUAUAUAUUUUAGUAUUUAGAAUAAGGAAACAACUAAUUCAAUUAAUAUCAAUUCAAACCAAUUUUCUAAUGA